CCGCCGCCAUGACGCUUAGUCGCCCAGUGUGUGCCACAUAGAACGCACGUCAAUUCGUGAUCGAAUAACACAAUCGAAAUGUUCGACGUAGACCCUGAAAAGUUGAUCAAAGCAAUAAAAACGCGUCCAGCUCUGUAUAACAAGAAUGACAAAUUGUACCACAGCCAUAGAAAGCAUAAAGAGAAAAUAUGGCGCGAAAUAUGCGAGGAAAUACACGGGAAUUGGAACCAAUUGAACCAACUGCAUAAGAUCGAAUAUGUCCGAGAAAUCCAGAAACGUUGGAAGAGCUUGCGGACUUGUUUCACAAGGGAGCUGGCAUUACAAAAGAAGGAAAACAUAAAACGAGAGUCUGACCAACACGUGAAAAGAAGGAAGAGAUAUGAAUAUUUCAACAAUUUAUUAUUCCUCAUGGAUUCAACAGAUGGCACAGAAGAAGCCAGAGAUAGUGACGACUCAGCCGAUCCUUUAGAUAAUAGUUAUCAGCCGGAAGAAAUCAUUUACGACUAUGGCGAAUCUUCGAGCGACGUUAAGAACAUUCAAAGAAUGAAAAUCGAAAAUCCCCCAGAACAGCAGUAUCCCCAAACACAAAUAGUUUACGAAAGAAGCAAUACGUUAGAAGAAAAAAUAAUAGAUAUGUUAAAGGAUAUUAAGAAAGAUGAAGACGAUGAAGACAGACAGUUCAUGUUGUCUUUGGUACCAAGUUUUAGGAAGCUGAAUGCAAAACAGAAAUUGACAGCGAGAAUCGAAAUGCUAAAAGUAUUGCAAAGUAUAACGUUUGAGCAAGAUUAGAUAAUCAAUUAGAAAACCAUAAUACAAGAUUAUAGAAUUUGUGAUAAUUGAUGUAAAAUAAAAUUUUAAUUAUUACAUAGAUAUAAGAAUGUUUUUAUUAUAAGAAUAAAAUUGUAAAAAUUAUAUAAAUAUUUUGAUUAAAUCA